AUGGAGCUCUAUGGUUUAGGGUCAGCUUAUCACAAGAAUUCCAUGGUUUUAUUGAUCUUGUUCUUUGAAUACAGGGACAUCAUCAAGAAGUGUGUGAACGCCACGGAUGAUGAUGCGCUCAUCUUUACUGGUAGCGGAACCACUGGGGCUGUCAAUAAAUUGGUAUCGGCUCUCUUGCUGAAAGGAGAACGGGCCAAGAAAACAGUUGUUUUCGUGGGACCAUAUGAACAUCAUUCAAACCUAUUGCCUUGGAAGGAAACCGGAGCAAAGGUUAUAAGAAUACGUGACAACAGUAGAGGUCUGAUUGAUAUGGUUGCUCUGGAAGAGAGUUUGGAGAGGUAUCAGAAGAAAAAUCGCUUUCUCAUUGGUUGCUUUUCAGCAGCGUCCAAUGUGACGGGUAUUAUUUCCGAUACUCACCAAGUGGCGGCGCUCUUGCACAAGUAUGGUGCCUUGUCUUUCUGGGACUAUGCUACUGCAGGUCCAUAUCUUGCCAUUGAUAUGAAUCCAAAUUCGAAUGGAUCGGAUGAUGAUUUCAGCAAAGAUGCCGUGUAUCUAUCCCCUCAUAAGUUUGUUGGCGGUGUUGGAACACCAGGAAUCCUCAUUGCAAAGAAAAAACUCUUUCUGAACAAAGUACCCCAUUCUGUGGGCGGUGGAACUGUCCUUUAUGUGACCAAUGAAACUCAUCACUAUAUCCACAAUAUCGAAGAAAGAGAGGAAGGAGGGACGCCCGCUAUUGUCGAAUCUAUCAGAGCUGGACUUACAUUCAGACUCAAGGAGUCAGUGAGCACAGGAUACAUAGAAAGGAGAGAGGAAGAACUGACCAAGCUAGCCUUUGCCAGAUGGAAAAAGAAUCCGAACCUGUUGUUCCUGGGGAGUAGUCGGGCCAAUCGUCUUCCAAUCUUCUCCUUCAUGGUUGUUCAUCCCAAGACUGGUAAAAUGCUCCAUCAUAACUUUGUGGCUGUUCUCUUGAAUGAUCUCUAUGGUAUCCAGGCGAGAGGUGGCUGUGCGUGUGCUGGUCCCUAUGCACAGGACUUACUUGGAAUUAAUGAAGAACUCGCAGAGAGAUUUGUCUUCUUUUUGACAGAUGAAAGCAAAGAAAUUAACGAAAACAAGGGACGGAGAAAUCAGAAGAGAGGCAAAGAUACUACAGCUGCAUACAGGAAGAUGAAGAAGACAAAAGCACCACUAGAAAUCAUGAAACCUGGAUUUGUCAGGCUGAAUCUUCCAUUCUUCUUUUCUGAUAACGUUAUCAGUUAUGUUCUUGAAGCAGUCGAUGACAUCGGAACGAAUGGCUGGAAAAUGCUAUCUCAGUACAAAGUAGACCCUUUUACAUCAGAGUGGCAGUAUGUCGGCACUGUGAAGGAUGAAUCCAAACCCAGUAUACCAGCCGCGGGGGAUAGCUUGUUAAAAGCUACCUUUAUCGAGGGCAAGUUCAACGCCCCUCCCAGCCCCUAUGUGAGCCACAAGAUGAAGAAGGAACAUGGGUCACAGUACACGACGUACCUUCAGCAAAGUAAUAAACUGAUGAGAGAGGCAGGCCAUCAAUGUCAGUUCCCUCCUGAAGUAAUGACAGAUACCGUUGGACCAUGCAUAGGUGACCCGGAUCUGAUCUGGUUUAUGCGUCCCUUCGAAGCCGUCUACCAUAUCCGGUUCCCCGAGGCUGAUCCCUUGGACCCCAUUCCAAACCUUACCGAAGGAGACGGUUCGACAGGAGCGGCAAACGGAACCAUCACUUCUGAUCCGCGCUCGAAGCUUACGCGCGCUCCUUUCAAACCAAGGCGUUACACCAAGAGGAGUUUGUCACGACGGUUCUCAUUUAAGAAACCUCAACAGAAAGGGAAGCAUAAGAAAGAUUCCGCUGGCAAAUGUUCGAUUAUGUGAAGUAAUUUAGUUACCACUUUCACUUAGACUACUCUGAUUGUGUUAUUUGGCAUGUGACUAUCACAUGACUUGAUUUCGAAUCCUGAUAUUCAAAUACAUUUGAGGGUACUUUUUAUGCCAUGAUACUUUUAUUUUUUUAAGCAGACUAUUACUUAUCCUUUAUUUUAAUGAUAUAGAAAGAUAUAUUAUAUGGGGUCUUCACUUGCACAUUGAUUUGCAUUUAAUCUGACCGAGUCAGACAGUGCCUAGGAAUGUUUUACAAAUAAUUGAAUUAUGGGAAUUUGGAGCUCAACAUGUACAAUAGUUCUCCAAACCCUAAAAUAACCCAAAAUACAUCAUGUUGAAUAAAUAAAUGGAUCGAUCUUUUGUACAUUAAAAAAAUCAUAUGUAUUUGUUAUCAUCCCAUGUAUAUUCUUAUAUCUUUUUUUUCUGAAAGCUUGCCGGAUAAAAAGAAUAUUGAUGAUUACCAAAAUAAUGUAGGCAUAUGAUCACCCUUUAUAGGAUGUGAUUAAAAGUACUAUCUUGUCUAUAUAACUAACUUUAUGUCUUUCCUUUGCAAGUAGCCCCUACUAAUUUUUACUGAAAAUAAAUGGGCCCUUUUAAAAUAUAUUCAUCGCUGAAUAUUUGGGAGGUUCUAUAUAUUUGGAAAUAAAUAAUGUGUUAACAUUCUAAAUAUCGAAAUGGCUCAAGACAGUAUAGGUCAAUACAUAUGUUGUCAGACGAGGAGAUAAGUCGACAGUAGGCCAUAAAUAGGUUAUAAAUAUGUAAUAUGUAUAUUUUUAUUCUCGAUAUGAUGAAAAUGUGUAAUGGUUAGUGAUAUUUCUGUGAUUAUCCCGUUACUGUUCCUUCACUCAUUUCAUGCUUUGAUUAUUUUCAUAAUGAAUGCUUGUAAGUUGAACACUUCUAAAUGGGUUAGAAAAGUGAUCUUAAAGAAAAGUCUUAAUCUAACUCUUGACUCAAAUUUACAAAAUACAGCUAUCUUGUGUUCCUGUAUAUUAUUUCUUUUGUUGACGAGAUUAGAAUAUAAUCACUCAUAAAUCCAGAUUUUAACUCUCUUCAGAUUGAUUGCUUGUGGAAAACUGAGCCUUGUGUACCGAUCAUAUGUCACCAGACCGCAGGCAGCGAAUAUUAACGAUUGCAAAAGCAACUUGCCCUUUCUUUAUGAUUUGAAAGUUUACCGUCAAGCAGGGACAUAUAUGCUAAUCUGUAAAGAAGUAUAUAGUUAAGACAAUGCAAGCCCGUACAAGCGUUUUAGGGACGUUCAAUUUGUCAUUAUUAUAAUUACUAGGUUUUUAUAUUACAAAAACGCAGACCAUUUGAGUUUCGUUGGCAGAAUGUUCAUGUGUGUAUAUCGUUAUACUUCUGCAAUUAUUUACAUUUACGGGGUUUUUGUAGACACUUUAAUCCGGACAAAAAUAAUUGAAUUAUUAUUGCUCAAUGUUCUUUGAUCUGUCACAAUAUUGUAGGCUUAUUUAAUUUUUAAUAGAAAUUUAUAUAUGUAUUCAAUUGAAACCUGAAAUAUGCUUCUUAAAUUUAGAUAGUUAAUCAAUAUUGAUGUAGAAUUAAUACAGAUUGCUUUUAAAGCUUAACCCUAACUAGACAGGGCAUACCAGGCCCCUCGACGCUUCAUGCGAUCAGUCCAUGUCGCGAAAAGAUUUCGCCUCGACGUUUCCUCUGGUGUUUUCCCGACUUUUUUCUUUCAUGUCCCGCACAACUACUGAUUAAAAUCAUUAAUUUCAUGUUUCUUAUUAAAUCUUUCAUUAAAAAAAAAGAAACAAUAAAGUAGAAAAAGGAAAAACCAUCAGAUACAAUAAUCACAUUGUGAUAUAAAAAUGUUCGUAGUACGUGCUAAGAGUAUAAGGACUCUCUACAUUGAUGUGGCAGAGGUUCAUCGUGGUUUAGGUAGAAGAAAUAACCAGUUGUCUCAUGAUGUAUCAAAUGUAUCAAACUACGUUUGAUACAUCAUGAGACAAUUGGUUAUUUCUUCUACUCGACUCUCUACAUUAUUAUAAUUUCCAACAUUAUGUCCUAAUAUGGAGCAUUCUGAUUUCACCAAUUUUUGUUUUAGCAUAAUCAAUGAAAUCACUCAAUUUAUUUUUCUCGAAAAUGAACUUGCAGUUCCAUAGAUUAUGCCAAGGGCGACUUGUGUAUCAAUUUUGCGCCGCGAUCGCAUGGUCGUUGGCCAAAAUCACACCCCCGUCUGUAUGAGAAUGCUGUAAGAAGGGUUUUAAAAGAAAACAGUCUCGGGGCAUAACUAAAAUGGACAAACCGAUAUUUUUUAGUGGAUAAUUAUAUAGAAGCAAUUAUAGAUAACAUGAGAUCUCACGUUCAUUAUACUUCUGAUUUCAUCCUGGUAGUACUUUACUUUUUAAUGGAUUACACAAAUCAACUGCUUAUACUACACAGCACAUGCAAAACAAAUACUUUUUAUUGUUGUUAUUACCUUACUCAAUCAUGAACGAAAUGUUAUUUAACCUAGUUACUGACUUUAUCAUACAUCAUAAUAAUUCGUUGAAGGUGCUGCAAUGUGGCCAUGAAAUACAUUAUCCCGAAUUAUAUUUUUCUAUGAAAUUUCAUGCUGUGGUUUAACUGUAUGUCAUGUUUAUAUUUUGUGAAAUAAUUCAAUUUUAAUAAUAGAUGUAAAUAAUGUUUUGUCUAUGGAAUGGUCUAUGAAUAUUUUGGUCAUGAAAUUAAAGGAUAUGAAUUUA